UGGUUCGGCGGGAUGCAGAAAGGCCUGAAGAAAUAUUUUGUAAAUAUGGACGAGUACCUGUCCAGUCUGGGUCUGUAUCGGAAGAUGGUUGCGCGGGACGCGUCCAGUCUGUUCCGGGCCGUUUCCGAGCAGCUUUAUUACUCUCAGAACUAUCAUCAGAAGAUCCGACAGGACUGCGCAAACUUCAUGAGAGCCAACAGGUGUGACUUUGAGCCGGUAAGUUCAUCACUAAUGGCUCUAUCAGAACCGGGGAAGUCCUAA